AUGUUAUUCAAAAGCUUCGGCAGCGACUUUGAUUAUCUGAAGCAAUACAACACCGACAGGCCGUUCGACGAGCUUUUCGAAAUCUAUGUUGAAAUUACAAUCCUCGCCGCGGCCGCCAACUCGAUCAACAAGUUAGAUCAAGAUUGCGAACACCUACUCUGGUCAUGCCGAGCACACCAAAGGAAAGCACUUGAAUGGUACUCUCGGAAUCUAGAGAGUAUCGGGGGCCGACCAAUCUCUUGUUCCAUCGACAAGUUGAAACAUAUCAAGGUCCCCCUCCCGUCAGCCAAGAGUAUGUUCGAUUCAUUCUAUGAAUUUGGUUCACUCCGACAGGCAGAGUUACAUGUGUUCUUCUGGAAAGCGAUGAUCAUCAUUCAACUAUUGAUUUACCGAGCCCAGGUUCUGGUUCUACAUUGUUCCAGGCCUGAUCAUCAACGCGCCUCUAUCGAGAGCAUUCCAACGGAUCCUGGAGCGUAUAGUGAAUGUAUGAUUGCCGGAAAAUACGCAGAUGAGAUGUGUCGGGCUAUACCAUACUUUCUGCAGGACGGGAUGGGAUCUUACGGCAUGUUGAAGAUCACAGUCAAUCUUCCUUACAUCCUCAAGUCAUAUACACACCUGAGAUGCAAAGAAAAGUUUCUCUGGAUUCAAAAGAUCUGUCAAUCAGUUGCCAGCGAUGGCAAUGACCUGGCUUUGUGCCAUAGUCAGGUGUGGUGGAAGUAUUGGUUCUUGUGUGAGGAUCCAACGACAAACUACAUUCGCAGCUUGGCGUUCAAUGAGGAUUAUACGGAAAGGUACCAUGUUUCUGUGGAAGGUGACUUUGUGAAGGUGAUCAAGGUGACCAAGGAUGGGGAAUCUUCUGUAGCGUCAGAGAUUUCAGACAUGCCAGCAGCGAGACAUGUAUUGGAUGUUUCAGAUACAAGAGAGCCGCUAGAGUUAUCUCAGAUUCUAUCUUAA